AAGAAGAUCGCCCUGCAUUUGAAAUUCUGGAAGAAAUCAUUUCUGUUAUUGAGGAAGUCGUUUUGGAACAGCUAUUGAAGUCUGGUCCCCGAAUCUUCCGUCACGACUCAGACAGGCCCGUCGCAGCUUAUGAGAGCAUCGCAACAGCUGUCGAAUAUUUGGCAAUCGAUUAUCAACUUUCUUCGAUUGAAAAAAAGUAUAUUCCUGGUCGAUCCAAGUUUCCACAGGUUACGUCGACUAGUUUCUCCGCAUAUGCUAUUUCUGCGAGGUCUCUUCGGGGUUGAGAUGGGUCGAUAUGGUCCUCUCGAAGAGCCGAUUGAGUUCUUUGCCGGAGAAUACAUGAACUUGAUGGAAACGCGACUAGUCGUCGAUGUUGGAAGAGUAAGCGGAAUCAUUGUUCCGGAUGAACCGAGGCUAGGAACUCUUGAAAGCUAUGAGUCGUUCGGCAGUUGGCUGAGGAAGUCCCGCAUCGAUGGUCGACUUUCGCAAGAGUAUGUCGACUACAUGCUUUCCAACGCCGAGUCGUCGCAGAUCUUUGAAUAUUGCAGGUAUUGGGAAAAUAACCAGAAGAAUCUGGGUGGUCUAAGAAAGGAAUUCUUCCUCGGAAUUAGACACCCGGAGGUUGUUUCGAUGGUCAUCUUGAAAGAAGAUUCGCCGAUCACGAUCAAAGAUAUGCCGGCAAACGAAGUAGAAAAAAUGGGAUGGUUCCGUGAAAAGGGAGACCCACUAUACUGGCGUCACGAGUUGAGAAACGUAUAUCGAAGGGGUGAUAGGAAGGGAGAGAACGUGGUCUUUCGAGUAACUAUGGAUGGGGAGGUUCUGGGGAUGCACACACCGAAUGGAGAGUGGCAAGCUUGGGAAACACGCGUCUGGGAUUCUUCACCAUGAGUACUUGUAAUUGUCUAACUUCUGAAAGAUAUACAGUUACAUUGCUGUUUCCGCUUUCGCUAUCUGAAGUGUAUGUCAACUUACCUACCACCUAGUACUGCAGUCUCUGCGUCACCUGUUUGCAGAUGUGAUUAGGAGAAAGACUUCAUAUGAAGCCAAGCAAAAUCACAAUGACAGAGGGCACCAUCCUGAAGGGAAUUUUACUAGCCGGG